AUGCCAGCAGGCACGCAUCAAUUUGUCCUGGCCAAUGCGCGUCCGAAGCUGGAAAGCGACUUCAUUUCAAGGAUGACGUGGACGGGUAGGAAGUCAGAUGUUCUUUUCCACGGCACAACGCUUGAUCGACUCCCCGCUAUUCUCGCCCAGGGAUUGAAGUCUGGCUUACGCGUCCCCGAGCUUGAGUUGGCGGAAUAG